AUGUAGUCAAAGACAAGUGGAUUCUCAAAUAUAAGUACACUCACCAUUAUGUAAUUUUCAUAUUAAGUUUGGAGUCAAAUUAAUUAAGAAACAUACAUUUAAACAAAAUCUUUUAAAUUACUUAUGGAAUAAAUAAAAAACAAGAAUCUCUUAGUGCUCAUCUUAUUGAUUAGUUGCCUCACAUUAGGAUGUAAUUGUCACUUUCCAUAUGAUUAGCAUCUCAAGAUUGCGUAGAAGGACAAUAUUUGUCAGGUUCAUAUUGUUCAUCUUGUUCCACAGGAUGUAAAUAAUGUAGUAGCUAGACUAGUAUUCAUAUAAUAUUAAUAAAGGUUGUUCAUCAUGCUUUGAUGGAUAUAUGGUUUACAAUGAAACUUGCUAAUCUUGUGAGCCUGGGUGUUAAAAAUGUUAGUUAUAUCAUAAUGGGUUAAGAAUCCUCUAAGUGUCAGGGAAAUCUAGAAUAUUAUCAGGAGCCCUUGCCACAUAGUGUACGACUUGUUAUGCUGAGUAUUAUUAGCAAGGACUUGUUUGCCUUGCAUGUACAAAACCAUGUUUAAACUGUAAUAAUAAUUCAACAGAUUGUACAACAUGCAUGAAUGUGAAUUAAAUUUUACCAACUUGCGAGUGUUAAUAGUCUUAUUUUAUGGAUGUAACUACUUAUUCCUGCCAAUAAUGUUCAUAUCCUUGUUUAAAAUGCACUGCAUAAAAUACUUGUUAAAGUUGCAAAGAAGGCUAUUUUUUGAUUAACUCAACAUGCCAGAUUUGUCAAUUACCUUGUAAAACAUGUGAAUUAAAAUCAACUAAAUGUUUAUCCUGUGCUUAUGAAAAUUUAAUGGUAGACUCGCAAUCCUAAUGUGUUUGUGUUAAUGGAUAUACAUAAGUUGAAGGGGAUUGUCAAUAAUGUCAAAUGCCAUGUGUAAAUUGUUAUGGAAGUGCAGAUUAUUGUAUUUCUUGUGCGAAUCAACUUCAAAUAGGCACGGAUGGGAAUUGUGUUUGUUAAUUUGGGUAUUUUUUGCAGAUAGAUGUUUCUUCGAAUUACGAAUGCUUAUAAUGCUCUUCUCCUUGUUAGAGUUGUUAAAAUUCGCCUUCAGAAUGCCUUACUUGUCUAGAUAGUAAUUAAAUUGCUGAUUCAAAUCAUUAAUGUGUUUGCAAAGAAGGAUUUUUUAAAGAUUCUGGUAGUUUAAAUUGUAUCCCAUGCGAAGUUGCAUGUUAAAGCUGUGAUUAAACAGGUUGUUAGAAAUGUUUCGAUGAGAUGAUGGUAAGGUAAGAUCAAUCAUCUUGUGUCUGUCCAAAAGGAUUUUACUUUUUUGAAAACAACUGCUUAUAAUGUUAAUUACCUUGUAGUUAAUGUAUUGAUAAGUCUGAUAAAUGUCUUGAAUGUUCUGAUCCAAAUUCAUCUCUUGCUGAUUAUCAAUGCAUUUGCGCUCCUGGAUUUGGAGUAUCAGAAAAAUCAUAAUAAUAUUGUUCUCCAUGUAAAUCUCCAUGUUUGUAAUGUUCAAGUGAUGUUAAUCAAUGCACUAGUUGUGCAUAAAUAAGUCUAAUUUACCUUGAGAAUUCAAAAUGCAGAUGUCCUAGUGGUUAUUUAAUGUAAGAUUCCGAUUGCAUUAAAUGUUCUGAUGAAUGUUAAGAAUGUUAUUCGUAUCCUAAUUAUUGUAUAAAUUGCAGAGACUUAAGUUAUGAAUUCAUGAACAACAGUUGUUUUUGUCCAUAUGGAUAUUAUGUUGACAAUGCUUUGAAAUGUUCAAAAUGUUAAGAACCUUGUCAAACUUGUUAAUAUAACUAUGAUUUUUGUUUAUCAUGUGUAGAACCACUAUUUGAAUUAUUUAACAAUUCCUGUUAAUGCCCAAUAAAUUAUUUAUAAUUAGUAGAAAAUAAUAAUUUUAAUUUAUCAGCAGGAUGUUAUACAUGCGAUGAAAUCUACUUGAAUUGCGCAGUAUGCAAUUUAUCUUAUUGUUAAUAAUGCUAAUAAGGAUAUCAUUUUAAUGAGAAUUAGGAAUGCUUGAAUACCCUUUGUGGGGAUUCGAUUAUUGUUGGAAGUGAAUCAUGUGAUGAUGGCAAUGAUAAUGAAUUUGAUGGUUGUUUUUAAUGUCAAUGUGAACUAGGAUGGAUCUAAAAUCAAUUAGGUUGCUAGACUAUUUGUGGAGAUUAAGUACUUGUAUCUGGGGAAUAAUGUGAUGAUGGAAAUGAAAUUCAAUUUGAUGGAUGUUAUUAAUGCAAAUAUGAUUGCAAUGAAUCUUGCAUUGAAUGCAAUGAAGGAAGUUGUAUCAAAUGCAAAGAAGGAUUUCAACUUGAGGAAAAUGAAUGUAACAUCACUUGUGGAGAUGGUAUUUUAAACUUAUUAGCAGAAUAGUGUGAUGAUUCUAAUAAUACUCCUAGAGAUGGUUGCAAUAAUUGUUAUUUAGAAGAUGGGUUCAUAUGUUAUUAUUAGAAUGAGUUACUAUUUCAAUUUUGUGAAAGAUGUUCAGAUUAUAAUUGUUUACAAUGUGCCAUCAAGAAUUAAAACUAGGUCUGUCAAAAUUGUAUAGACGGGUAUUUUGUUGAUUCAACUUAAGGUUGCUCACAAUGUGAUAAAAUUUGUUUGAAAUGUAUAAACUCUCCCAAAAAUUGCGUAAUUUUUGAUUCAUCAGUUUAUUAAUUAAAGGAUUGUAAUGAAAAGCUUGGAUUCUACUAUGAUUAUCAACUUUAGGAUUGUGUUUCAAAAUGUGGAGACGGUAUUAUUAGUGGAUAAGAAUAAUGUGAUGAUCUAAAUACUAAUGAUUUCGAUGGAUGUAAUAAUCAAUGUCAAAUUGAAGUUGGAUAUUUGCUUAAUUUAAAUAGUCUAUCUUUCAUUAAUGAACCAGUCAUAUAAGUCCAAUCCCAGUCUUCUAGUAAUAAUCAAUAUUCUAUAUAUGCUCAAUAAUUCCAAGAUACUAUCAAUUGUACUGGGACUACAAUCAAUAUUGAACUAUUCGAUUAAACAGACUACAAUUAUACAAUUAUAGAGCAAGGGCAACAUUGUGACAUCUAGAUGCAGUACUUUAAAACUGUAGAACCAACAAAUCUCAUACAUGUAUUAAUCAAAUUCAAAAAUCACUUCUCCAAAAGAACAUUAGAUGAAUCACCUACUAAAGAAAUUGUUAUUGUUCCAAAGAGGUAGGUUUAUGCAACUGAAGAGCAAAAGGAGUAAGGAGAAGCUAUGGCUAGUACUUCGAAAUCUAUAUCAUCAUCCAUUGUAGUAUUCGCCCCAUUAGCAUUAUUAAUUGGAGGUUUCAAGUUUAUUUGGGCUAUUCUAGAUGUUAUGAGUUGGAUGAAUAACUUUUAUUUCUUAAAUGUAUAAUACCCUGAAAAUGUAAGACUCAUUUUUCAAUAAGCUGAAUGGAGCAAUAUAAUUAAUUUUCCAUAACUUGAUAUCUUCAACAAACCUUCUGAUGAAUAUUACUUUCAAGCUUAAAUUAAAUUCACUGAAAAAGAUGUCGACCCAUUAUUUUUUAACAAUUUUUAAAUUGUUAUUAUUUUUUUAUUUCAAGUUCUUAUUACUUGGCUAAUUUGUUUUGUAAUACGAAAUACAAUUUAGGGUUAUUAUAAAAAAAAUAUUAGGACCAAAAUUGCAAAUCAUUAAAUAUUUUAAUUGAAAACCAAUAAUAAAAAUAAUUUAGUUCUCGAAAAUGAAAAACUGUAGUCUACAAUUUAGAAGUAGAUUACCACAUUGGAAAUUCCAAAUCAACUCUAAUCUAUUUACUUCUCAUGUUUAGAUGUUGAAAGAUCAUUUGUUGCUAAUAUAUUAAAAACUAUAUAAAUAAGCUAUUUGGAUAUUCUGUUGGCAAUAAUAUUACAACUUACCAAUUAAUAGACAGCUAACAAUUAUAUUGUUAAAAUCAACGUCAUAUUAGCGAGUAUUUCUAUUGGGAUUAUAUUUUCGUUGAUUUAUUUAUCCUAUCAAAUUUCAGUUUAACAUCAUUUGAAAUUGGAAAAUAAACAUUUUAGUAGGAGAUUUAACUGCUUCUAUGAAGAUGUAAAAACUAACUCCUAAAUAUCUAUGAAUUACUCCUUUUUGAAUAUGUUAAGGAAGACUAUUUUUAUUACAGCAACAGUAAUGUUCUAUGAUUUUCCAAUAUACUAAACAAGUGUUUGUUUUUUAUCCUGCUUUUUGAACAUCAUCUUAUUAAUUCACUGUAAUCCAUUCAAUAAUAGAUAGUAAUAUAUUAUGAACUUUAUACCUGACUUUUGUAUAUGUAUUAUAGUAGGUUUAACCAUAAUUUUUGCAUUUUAAGACCAAUUUCAAUUACUAGAAGAUGAUACAAUUUAUCUUUUAGGAUGGAUUGUUGGAGCCUGUAUUUAUUUGUCAAUAUUAUUGUAAUUAAUGUUCCUAAUAAAAGUACUUAUACAAUCAAUAUGGGAUAAAAUUAAAAACCUAUUUGUAUUUUUGAAUAAAAAAAUUGGUGUAUGA